UGCCAGCCAAGUAACCAUGGUAACUUAUGCUGCCGGGCAAACCUGGUCUGUAGCAGGCUAAAAGUGAAGCUUAGCACCAUCUAUGAUCAAAGAAUGUCCAAUAGACAGAAACAGAGUCACACAACUGUCAUGGAAUGAUAAAAUAAUAUGUAAAACAUAAAAUAUAUAAUAUUUUGUUUUUAUUAUUUAUACUAAUAAUCAUAUAUUAUCUAUAAGUACAUUAAAGAACAUUAUCACGAAAAUAAAAUAUAAUAAAAAAUAAGACACAAAUAAAUACAAAAUUAAACUAAUUAGCAAACAAAAUAUAAUAAAAGGAAAUUGAGGCAUUGAAAAUAAAAGAUUGAAUAUGUACACCAAACCAAUUAGAUGUAAAUGCCCUCCAAUCUCCACCCCCACACACCCUCCUUGCCUCCUAUUGGCUGGCAAAGCCAAAGCCAAUUGAGGUCAAUUGACAAAGGCCAAGACAUUUAAGCAGUGCAUUCAAGAGAGGGAGAGGGACACAGAGAGACAAAGAGAAAGAGAGAUUGAGUGAGACAUUCCAACAUGGCAUGCCCAUUCAUUGACAACCCAGUGAAUGAAGAGGCCCGGAUAAUUCAACGGGCCUUCCGACCACCACCAGCACCAAGGGUCUUCCAGGACAGGACCAACCAGUUGACCCACACAGAUGCGUACCUGUGGGAGAGGUACCGGUUCAGCAGGCAAAGCAUUGUGUAUUUAUGCAGUUUGCUUGAACCACACAUUAUGAGGGUCACUCGCCGCAGCCAGUCUCUGACCACUGUGCAGUCAGUCUGUAUUGCACUGCGGUUCUUUGCCAGCGGUACAUUUCUCUACAGUGUUGGUGAUGCUGAGAAGUUAAGCAAGGCAACUGUUUGCAGAGAGGUAAGAGCAGUCUACCUGGCCCUGAAGCAGUUCCUUAACAUCUACAUCACCUUCCCUGGCCAUCAUGACCCACAGCGGAUCAAGGAGACAUUCUAUGCAAUUGCAGGCUUCCCCAAUGUCCUUGGCUGCAUUGAUUGCAGCCAUGUGAGAAUUGUGGCCCCAUCCGGACCAGUGGAAAGAGAUUAUGUGGACCGGAGAAAUCACCACAGUCUGAAUGUACAGAUGAUCUGUGAUGCCAAUUAUUUAAUCACAAACAUCGAGGCAAAAUGGCCUGGGGGGGUACAUGAUGCCAGAAUCUUCAAGCUCAGUGGCACAGAGGCUUGCUCAAAGUUCCAGUGUCUGAAAUACCUGAGGGUUGCUCCAGAACGUGCCUGCGAUAUCAUGGUGGCCUGUGCCAUCCUCCAUAACAUCGCAACCAUCCGUAGGGAGAGGCUCCUGGACGUCACACUGGAGGAGAGAUGGGAGGACCCCAAUCCCAUGCCAGAGGACAUGGAUGGGAGGGCCGUGAGGGACCUCUAUAGGGAUGCACAUUUUGCUUAA